AUGUCCGGAGCAAAGCUACUGUACACGGACUACUUUGCUCCUAAUCCUGCUUUCCCGGAUGAUCCAUUGUUUCGUCGCCGUUUUCGCAUGCGGAAACCAUUAUUUUUGCGCAUUAUGGAGGGAGUGGAGGCACACGAUGACUACUUCAAGCUCACAAGGGAUUGCUGCAGACAACUCUCUUUCUCUUCCAAGCAGAAAUGCAUGGCUGCUCUAAGGAUGCUUGCACUUGGUACUGCUGCAGAUGCCGUUGGUGAGAUGGUCAGGAUGGGGGAGAGCAUGUGCUUGAAGACUACUGUCAAGUUUGCCUGUGCCGUGGUGGAGGAAUUUGGACCUGAGUAUCUCAUAGAACCAAAUGCGCAGGACACGAAGAAGUUGUUAGCUAUUGGAGAUGCAAGGGGAUUUCCAGGAAUGCUCGGAUCAAUUGAUUGCAUGCAUUGGCAAUGGAAGAACUGCCCCAAAGGUUUGCGGGAAAUGUAUCAAGGUCACACCAGAGAGGCCACCAUCAUACCAGAAGCGGUGACAUCACAUGGCUUAUGGAUUUGGCAUGCUUUCUUUGGAAUGUCGGGUUCUCACAACGAAAUCAACGUGUUUCAACGAUCUCCGGUGUUCUAG